GCGACGCAGCACAAGCGACCAUGGCGGCCUCAGCGAGCUCGGUGACCUGGCUGGUGAUCCUGUCCGUCCUCGUGGCAGCAGCCGCGGCGACACCCAGGAGGGACUUCAAGGGCGUCGCCGCCAUGGACGACACGCUCUCCAUGCUCAGCACGGAGUGCGACGCCAAGAAAGACUCCCUCUCCUGUGUCAAGUACAAGGUCCUCACCGUCAUUGAGCAGCUCUUCAGGAAGGAAUCUUUCAAGGUGUCGGACGGCGUGACGGUGGUGAAGAACGACGCGGAGCCAGCGCCGCAGGAGGCAGGUUCCGCCCGCGGCUCCAGCAGCUGGGUGGACGCCGCCAUGGAGCUGGUCACUGGGCACGACCUGCGCGUGCAGUUGCCUGGAGAAACCACGCUCGUCGUCUCCCCGCGAGCGCUCGACUCGGCCGGAGAGGUGUCGGCCACCCUGCAAUUCGACAACCGCGCCCUCGAGGGGCGCUCAGUCGAGGAAGCGCGCAAGAGCAAGCUGAAGAAGAUCAUCGUGCCGGUCCUGGUGUUCGUGCUACUGAAGGCGAUCACGCUGGUGCCGCUGCUGGUGGGCGCGCUCGGUCUCAAGGCGUGGAACGCGCUGCAGCUGUCCUUCUUCUCGUUCAUCAUUUCGGUGGCGCUGGCCGUCUUCCAGCUGUGCAAGAAGCUCGCGUCAGACGCGGCGGCGUGGCCCGCGGCCGCCACGGUGUCCGCGCAUGCGCCCUGGGAGCCCUCCGGCGCCGGCCACCAGGUGGCGUGGGGCCGCGCCUCCCCCGCCGAGGACGACGCGCAGCGCCUCGCCUACCGGGGCUACGCCGAGGAUUAGGCCGCGCGAGCACCUCCUCGCUCUUCUUAAUUUAUUGCAGUAUUUAUUGUGAAUUAUGUGCCCGCCUCCAGGGAAGUCGUCUUCUACUCAGGCUUGCCGCCGUUCGAGCCAAGUCAGAACGGCGACACAAUGUCUCACGUUUAAAAAAUAAAAUUAAUAUUUGCUGACGAGCAACCUUGACCUGAAAGCACUCAGAGCGUGUUUUAUUUAAUUUUCUUCGAGCUGUAGCAAUCCUAGUCGAAACCUGUAGACUGACCUCUAUUCUAGUACCAAAUAAUGUUGCUGUAAACCAAUCUAAGUUUAGUUCCAUUCACUACCCAUCUGAAGUACCUGUUACGAAUUUCAUACGCUGUACAUUGACAUACUGUUGC